UGGUAGGGAGCGUCCCAACCCGUCUCCUCAGAGGUGGCCUUCAGGCCUUCAGCCAAUCUUUGAGAAAAUCAUGGAGAUGUCAGGACCUUCCUCCCAGACUCCAGAUCAUAGUCGAGUCCCUGGAGAGACAGAAGAUCUAGACAAUGAAGAGAUGGAUUUCCACAAGCCAGACAGGGAAGCUGGACUAUUUUCUCACGAACAACCUAAGAGAGACAAGUCUUCUACCUCCUCUUCCUCCUCCUCUUCCUCCUCGUCAUCCUCCUCUUCCUCAGGUGCUGAGCAUGAGGAGCCUGACCUUUUGAAGGAUGAGCUUCAGCUCUAUGGAGUAGGUGCCCCUGGAGAGUUGGUGCCCUCUGGAGAAUCGGGACUCCGAAGACGAGGCUCUGACCCAGCAAGUGGAGAAGUGGAGGCCUCUGAGUUAAGAAGACUGAAUAUAAAGAAAGAUGAUGAGUUUUUCCAUUUUGUCCUGCUCUGCUUUGCCAUUGGGACCUUGCUGGUGUGUUAUCACUAUUAUGCAGACUGGUUCAUGUCCCUUGGGGUCGGCCUACUUACCUUCGCCUCCUUGGAGACUGUCGGCAUCUAUUUUGGGCUGGUUUACCGGAUCCACAGUGUUCUGCACGGCUUCAUCCCGCUCUUUCAGAAGCUUAGGCUGAUGGGAUUCAGGAAGACCGACUGAGGCCAGUGCUGGGCCAGCAGCCACGCUGGGCCCCAGUAUGACCAUACUGCAUCUCCUGAGUGCACAAGGGCAGAGCGCGGUCCUGGGAGACACGGGCGGGCCAGUCUAGAGCAAUAAAGAGAGCGCUUUUCCUUCCAUGUAGUCUGAACGUUGACACCAGCCUGGACCCAGGCAUCAUUUGGGCAGUACUGGCAUUCAAUCCAGCUGCCAGGUUGGAAGGCAGAGGAAAGGUACCACAUCUAUGCCCUUCGUGGUUCCUGGAUCAGCAGAAGGAUUCUAGGAUGUUACUAUUCUCAGAAGACAGUAGGAGACCCCUGGGCCCUACAAGCUAUAAUCCGUGUGAGCCCCUGAUUCCUCUCAAAUUGCCAGGCCAUCCAGGUGGCCUCUAAGCCUUACAGAGUCAUCCAAGGAAAGAGAACCUACUGCCCUGAGGCAGGGAGCCAUCAUGCCAUGCCCCUAGGGUAAGCCUGAUACAGGAAGCUGCUGGGGACUAAAGCCACAGCUUCAAGGCAUCUUCUCUAGCCCCAUUGCCUAGUGCCGGCCCUGCUGCUUUGGAUUCCAACAAGAUUCAAAUAAACGUUUUCUUCCCUGGACUAAAAAAA